ACACGAAGAAGAAGUUUGUGCUGCAAAAAUGGCCACGAUUUUUCUUUACAAUUCUCCAAUUAUUAUUACUUUACCAGAAUCACAGUUGCAGGUGUUGUGACCUUUUGUGCUCUAUACGUUAAUCUUUAUUCCUGCGCAUCGGUGUUUUCAUUUCGCUUUUAAACCUUUGCUAACAGGGCUAUAAGUGCAUCCACAGUGUAUUGUUUAUAUUUUAUUCGUAUCGUUAUUUUCCGUCUGGGAACAAAAUGCCACUCGGGCUUAAGCCAUGUUGUGCAGUCUGCAAGACAAACUCUUCGUCAAUGUGGAAAAAGGGAAACCAAGGUGAAAUACUGUGUAACAACUGCACGGGGAAAAGCAGCAGCAGCGGGACAGCGGGACCUUCCUUGUCCUCCACAACACAACCCAGCAAUGGCGGGGGCAAGCAGUCCAAGCAGGAGAUUCACCGAAGGUCCGCACGCCUAAGAAGCACAAAGUAUAAAGCCCCAGCAUCUGAAAAGAAGGUGUCCACAAAAGGAAAAGGGAGAAGACACAUAUUUAAACUAAAAAAUCCAAUCAAAGCACCAGAAUCAGUUGCAACAUUUAUAACAUCUGAGUCUGUGUUCUACAAGGGUGUGUACUACCAGACCGGAGAUGUCAUCAAAGUAACAGAUGAGGAGGAUGGAAAACCAUAUUAUGCUCAGAUACGUGGCUUUGUUCAAGAUCAGUAUUGUGAAAAGAGUGCAGCCCUGACAUGGUUAAUCCCCACUCAGGCCAGUCCAAAGGAUCAGUUUGACCCAGGGACAUAUAUUCUUGGUCCAGAGGAGGACCUGCCCAGGAAGAUGGAGUACCUGGAGUUUGUGUGCCAUGCGCCCUCUGAGUAUUUCAAAUCUCGGACGUCUCCAUUCCCCACUAUUCCCAUUCGACAAGAAAGAGGCUACAUUUGGACACAUAUUGGACCAACUCCAGCUCUUACCGUCAAAGAGCCCAUCAGUGGUACAUGCUGAAAGGAUUUACAACAGACUGGAUCUAUUGUUUUAAAGACAUUUCUUUUGUACAUUUAUGGAAAGUAAACCCAUUUUAUACUGACUGAAAGGACAGGAUUUGUAGUUUUUAUACAAACAGCAACUAACAACGUGGAGCACUAUUAAAGAAGAAUAAUUCAUUACAAUUAGAUUUUUGUAAAUAUCAAUAAACUUUCCCUUUAAAGUAA